GUGGAGCGGAUCAAGGAGCGGGUGGAGGAGAAGGAGGGGAUCCCCCCCCAGCAGCAGCGCCUCAUCUACAGCGGCAAGCAGAUGUGA